CAGUUGAAUUCCAGGAACCGACCGAGCCAGAAGGUUUUCUUACCGUAGUGUACAAGGGAUAUUUGGCUGUAGAUUACACCGGAGUCCCGUGAAACUUUUUCCUACUGCGAGGAGUCCACCCAAGGAAACCGACGAGUCUCAACUCCCAACAUCGAAACCAAGCUCCACAUGGAUGGAUGGACACUACAAGUCACAAUGAAUAACAAACCCGAGCACGGAAACGAAGAUACAGAUACAGUUCUGAAAGUUCCUGAAAGUCAGGCGGCCGGUGAAGGUCACAGCUAUGGUAAUGAGAAGGAAUUUAAAUCGGGCCAUUUGGCUCAAGGAAAGCUACGCUGGCACAACUAACAGGCAAAGAGAAUCUGACAUGGCAAAUAAGGGACGACGGUGACGAUGACAGCUUAACGUAAAUUCAGACCAGAUCAGUGAAGUGUAACGCUUGAAGAGUUCUGUGAGUUAAAGAACAGUUAACAAUAAGUGUUAAGAGGAAGUAUCAACAACUUUCUGAAGGAGAAAUGAGCAGGGAUCAAACUCCCUGGUCGAACCCAAGGCCGAUGCUUUCAAGGUUUUUCGCGGAAGAGAUUAUGGUAUGGAUAGGCAAUGAGUUGCGUUGCAGAAGCUGCGCAAUACGACAAAGAGGUGCAGCAAUCGGACAGAGCUCCCAGGACAGGCUCCAGGCGUUCCUCUUGUGCCUCAUCUUUGGCUUCCUUUGUUCAUCAGAGGACAGAGUUGGAGUUGGAAAAAACCAAGUGGUUGGCCGAGGCAUCCACUCUAACACAAAGAGGAAUCCUGGAAGAGAAAGAAGCAGAAGUAGAAAGGAAAAUAAAAGGGGAUAGGCAGAGAGCACCACAGUAGAGACAAGAACCUCUGCCCCCCUUAGAACGGUCCCGUAUUCCAGGGAAACCCACCAAACUAUUGGCCACAAGCAGAGAUACCAGAGACCAACCCUUCACAAAUGCUCACUAGGCAGCAGAGGCUAUAGACCCACUAGAAUAUUGUCUGUUCAUUAGGGCAUUCAAACAUGGAGUAGGGGAGAAAACAGAGUAGCCAGGACCAGCUCAUCUUCUUGCAUCGGUUUACUAGGGGAGAACCCCAGGACCUGACAAAGAACUGUUUACUUACGGAACCCCGAGAAAGGCUGUUAUGAGGCCAGGAAACUUCUGGAAGAAUAUUUCGGGAAUCCCAUGAAGAUUGCAGCGGCAUAUGUCAGCAAGGCUCGGAGCUGGCCUACGAUAAAGUUGGACGACGGAGAAGGUCCUUUGGCCUCUAUCUCACAGAAUGCCUUAGUGCUAUGACUGAGGUGGAGUACAUGGAACAGCUCGACUAUGCGGUUACCCGCAGGAUAUCUCCAUGACAAGCUCCCGUAUAAGCUGAAGGGAAAGUGGAAUGGAGUGGCCUAUGGUAUUCAAGAUAGAGAAAAACGCAGUCAGGUUCAACGACCUUGUGGACUUUGUUAACAGGAAAGCUGAGAGAGCCUCGGACCCAAUGUUCGUUAAUGCAAAGAACUUCGGCCCAAAGAGUCAAGCUAAAGUCCAAGCAGAUGAGAGGUUGCAAAGGAAAAGUGAUAACAAGAGAGGCUUCAUCACUGCCGUAGUUAUUGUCAUUAACCAAGCGGUGGGUCCCAGGAACAAAGCCAGAAACAAAGGGCGGCCGGGCUGUAGGCGAGGGGCAGAGGCACCAUGGACAAGACUUUGCACAUUCUCCAGAAGGCCGCGGACGGCGCGUCGAGCGGCCUCUCCCUGGGCAUGAGUUUGAACGUGGACGGCGGCGGAGGCUUCGCGGAGCGGCCGAUCGUGGGGCUGCCGGACAAAAUCCCCCUGGUGAAGCCGUAUUUCAAGAAGAAGCAGAGGAAGCUGGACGCCAAGUGCCUCCACCGCGCCCUGGAGGACCCCAUCCUGACCACCCUGCUGAGCGCGGACACGCUGGUGUCCGGCGACGGGGUGUUCGUGCCCCGCAGCCAGCAGGGUCGGACUCCGGGCAACCUGUGCGCGGCGGCCGUGGUCAAACAGAGCCGCAUCGGCCAGGUGUGCCUCAAAGACCCGGCGGCGGCGGCGGCGGUCGACGCCGCGGCCGGGGCCGGGGCCGGCGUGCCGGUGCUGAUGGCCCGGGACGGCGACGUGGAGAUAGCCGAUACUACUGCGGAGCUGGAGGAGACGGAGCGACGAGCGGAGCGACCCAAGAUCCCCGGGCCGACCCCCGACAGCCGCUGCUUUCAGCUGAAACCUGCCCUGGGGGCGGACGGGACCACGGGGACGAUAACCCCCCCGGGCCGGGAUGUGGCUCCCCUCGCGGCGGCCCCGCCUCCCCGCCAGCAGGCGGCCAUCAGAAGCAAUGACCUCUUAACCUCUGGGGCUAAAGCCCUUCCAGUCAAAGACUGCACUGGAGCCCAGGGGCCCCUUCCCCUCCUCCUGCAGCCCGACAAAGGAGUACUAUUUCAGGACAAAAGUGAAGAGGCCUCCCUGGACCUGGUUUUCCAGCUGCUCACUCAGCUCCAGUAUCACACACACCAGUCGGACUCGGUGGACAUCUGUGUGGAUUUCCUACAAGGACUGUGCGCGUACGGCAACGACUGUGCCCACCACCACACUGUCCUGCCCUACCACUGGCAGAUCCACCGGAGCAGCAGUCGGACGUGGCAGAGCGUGGCGGAUGACUCCCAGGAACAGCUGGAGAGACUGUACUGCAACCCGGACAAUGAGCAAGUCAGGCUCAAGUUUCAGGGUAGAGUGUUCUCUCUCGACUUCGGGGCGAUGCGAGUGUGUGAUCUGGAGUUUGACCGGGUCAGACGACUGACCUCUCCCCCCAGUCCUUUGCCCACGCCCACAACGAACCCAAAUCCCACUCCCAGCUGUCACACAGUGUGGAAGUACUACUGCAGAGACAACUUUGGAUGGAGGGAAUACUCCGAGCCCGUGGUGAAACUCAUAGAGGAGGCGAGUUCGAGGGGUCUUAAGGAGGUGCGAUUCAUUACGCUCCAGAACCAGUAUAUCCUCAACAUCAGGGAGGGCUUCCAGCAGAACGCCAUCUUCGGGUUCAGACGCCAGAUAAAGAAGCGGCCAAUGUUCAUGUCCUCUGUUAUUCUCACACCCCAUCUACAGACUCUGGGUGGUCUCUCUUCAUCUCCCCUCCCCUGUUCCUCCUCCUCCUCGUCUUCGCCCUCCUCGUCCAUGGAGAUCUCCGCGUCUCACCCCCUCUCGCCAACCACCGCCAACCCGCCGAGACUUUUCCCGGAAACGUGGCUGCCCAUGAUGAUGAACCAGGACUUCCUGCAGGUGCCGGUCUCGCGGGAAGACCGCAGCUACCGCACCGUGUACAGCCUUUUCCACAAGACCGUGUCGGAGACCAAGUUCAGGAUCAUCAAGAUCCAGCGUGUGCAGAACCCCUUCCUCUGGGAGAAGUAUAAGAGGAAGAAGGAGUACAUGUCGCGGCGCUUGUCGGAGAUGGACCGGCUGCUGAGCGAGCGCCACCUCUUCCACGGCACCUCGGCCGACGUGGUGGAGGGCAUCUGCAAGCACAACUUCGACCCCCGCGUCUGCGGCAAGCACGCCACUAUGUUCGGCCAGGGCUCCUACUUCGCCCGCAAGGCCGUCUACUCCCACAACUUCUCCAAGCGCUCGCCCAAAGGAGUCCACUGCAUGUUCCUGGCCAAAGUCCUCACUGGCAGGUUUACUGUAGGAAAUCCCUCCAUGCGACGGCCUCCACCCAUCAACCCCCGCGACCCCUCCAGUGACCUCUACGACUCCUGUGUGGACAACUGGGUGGACCCCCAGAUCUAUGUCAUCUUCAACGACGACCAGAGCUACCCGUACUUUAUCAUCCACUACGAGGAGGUACCCAGCACUGUGGCCGUCUAGCCCCCGUGGAUCAGACUGGAGCCGCCUGUAAUUUGCAAAUACUCAUUCAUAGUUUUGCUUCGGUCUGUUGAGGCGUCAGAUCGGUGGAGUUUGCCGCCUCCGACGAAAAGGAACAAAUUUAGACGCAAUCAAAAGCUGAAAUUUGGUGUAUUUCCAUGUCUAUUUAAAUCACCUUGUUAGACUAAUCGUCUCGCAUCUGCUGCAGAUCAAAACAAAACCUAUGAAAUUAUUUGCAAAUGCUAAAAAUGGUUCCUGGUCCAAUAGUCAAACUGGAUCCAACCAGACUAGACCGCAGUUAGGAACAACCAGACACAAACAGGACUAGCAAAGGAUGGCGCCUGUUUUCAUCCGGUGUGCAGAAAGUGGAUGACAGCUGGCAACAGCUGCAGCGCACUGGACUCAAAUAACACAGUUUGUUCAUCUAGUUUUAAAAAGGAGCCUUGUGAUGAUCAUCGGACACAGGAGGAUCUAAGCUACCUUAAUAUUCUGGAGGAGAAAGAAAAACAAACCUAGUCCCCUUAUCAUUUUGACCUAGUCGUAUGGCUGUAUAUGAACUCAGAUCCACAUCAGGACAGUUAGCAUCGUGCCAGUACUGUGAAUGACCAACUGGACGUUUUUAUUUUUCCCGAGGAAGCAGAAACCAACCAGUCAGAGGCUUCCAAAGAGAAACCGAGGAGUCACGGACCCCCCCCAUCAUUCUCUUGCAACAAAAAAAAAUCAAAAAAAAUAAUCAUAGUGAGUGUUUACCCAGCCUCCGGCCCAUAUGUUUGUUUUUUUAUUCAAGUCUAUGUGCUGCGUGUGUGAAUCAUUUUAAUUUAGUGGACAUGAAUCUUGUGGCCUCUUCAACCAUGUGGACUAUGGACGUGAGUUUCAGUGGGACUUUUCCAAAUGGACAUCCGCAAAAACCAGAAACCUCCAGGAAGAGGUUUCACAACAAGCAAGUGCUGUUCGCAGUUGGCAAUUUUUUAUUUUUUUUGUCCUCAACAUUUUUUUUUGUUGUUGUUGUUGGAUUCCUCGGCAGGGGACUGAAGAGUGUAUAGUUUCCCUCCUGAGACUUGACGAUGAUGCCGCAGCUGCGGCAGCACUUUAGCGUUUUGUCAGCGAACCCCCUGAAACUCAUCUCUCCCUCUCUCGGACUGCUCUCUGACUCAGAGGCGGCAGACAAACUGUACAGACGUUCUCUGUUUAUAUUUGAACUGUGUGCCUUUUGUUCAUAAAAAUGUUUAUUUAUGUUAGUUUAAUGUAACAUUGAUUAAAUAAAAGAAACUAAAAGAGAAAAACGA